GCCGGGCAGCGUCAGGGCGCACACAGUGGAGUAGUUGUGCCGAUCACUCCUGCAGAGGCGAUGCCCUUUUGUGGAGAGGUCUCUUGUCACAGAGGACAGACGGCAUUCACUAAAGGGACACAAGGACACAAAGAGAAGAAUUGCAUUUUAAAAGGAUCCAUUCUUUCCUCGCUGCCGCUGGGUGUUGACUGUGGGUGUUUGAGAGAAUCUUUGUUGCCCGGAGAAAAGUAGAGAAGAAGAAUACGCGCCGCGAACGAGUUGGGGGAUUUUUUUUUUUUAUGAACUGUGUUACUCCAGCGCAGUCGAUGCUGUCAUCCACUCCACCUCUGCCUGCUUUCCCAGAGUUGGUAGUCUUGUUUUGGAUGAGCAGCGGAAGUUUUACGCAGUGUUUUACGCGCCGAUCUUACUAGCGGCGACAGCACAGGAGGCUGUCAUCAUGAACUUUCUGUCCCCGGUUCCUGCGGGGUAGCGAUUUGAACUCGUUGAUGAUUCAAAACAAGUUAAAGGACAUCGCUCUGUGAUUAUCAGCAUAAAGGAUGCCAACUGAUCAACACGCAAACAUGGAGGAAAAACUGUGGAUACUGGAAGACCUCAAUAUGAUGUAUAUCCGACAGAUUGCACUCAGUUUACAGGACAGCGACAUUCAGAAGAAGAUUGACCAUGAGAUCCGGAUGCGCGAUGGAGCCUGCAAACUGCUGGCGGCCUGCUCCCAGAGAGACCAGGCUUUGGAGGCGGCGAAGAGCCUGCAGACGUGCAGCACCCGCAUCAUGGCCUACAUGUCGGAGCUGCAGAGGAUGAAGGAGGCUCAGGUCAUGCAGAAGGUCACGCGCAGGUCGUCGGAUGCGGGGCCGAUGGACGACAGGCACCCCUGCAAAGGAAAAGUGGCCAUAUCAGAUCUUCGGAUCCCUCUCAUGUGGAAAGACACAGAGUACUUCAAGAACAAAGGAGAGCUCCAUAGGUGCGCGGUGUUCUGCCUGCUGCAGCUGGGAGGAGAGAUCUUUGACACAGACAUGGUGAUCGUAGACCGGACGCUCACCGAUAUUUGCUUCGACAACACCAUUGUAUUCAGCGAAGCCAGCCCAGGUUUUGAGCUGCGUGUUGAGCUGUACAGCUGCUGCUCAGAGGACGACUACUCUGCAGGGAGCACGCCCAGGAAACUAGCCAGCAAGCUGAGCUCCUCUCUUGGGCGAUCGGCUGGGAAGAAGCUCAGAGCCACCAUGGAGCCCGGACCCUGCAGUCCCGUCAGCAAUGGAGGGGCAUCCCCUCUGCUGCUGCCAGUUCCCUCUGUACCGGGCCCUAAGUAUCACCUCUUAGCUCAUACCACCCUGUCGUUGUCACACGUCCAGGACAGCUUUCGCACGCAUGACCUCACCAUUUCAGGCAACGAGGAGUGUUCGUACUGGCUACCGCUCUAUGGCAGCAUGUGUUGCCGCCUCGCAGCUCAGCCUCACUGUAUGACCCAGCAGAUGAUGAGUGGAGGUUUGAAAGUGAAGCAGUGUGGAGGUGACCCUCAGAGUUGGACGAAGGUGUACGCCGUUCUGAAAGGAACGAGCCUUUUCUGUUACCACCGGCAAGAAGACGUAGAGGCCAAUGUUGAGCCAGCUUUCACCAUUGGCAUAAACAAGGAGACCAGAAUACGCGCGUCGGAGAAAGACCCUCACAGUAAAGUUCAGAAUAUCUGCAUCAGCAAUCAUUACGGAGGGGAGGAGGUCACGCACACUCUGACCACAGACAGCCGUGAGGACACACACCGCUGGAUGGAGGCGUUCUGGCAGCAUUUCUAUGACAUGAGCCAAUGGAAACAAUGCUGCGAUGACCUAAUGAAAAUUGAGCUCCCGUCACCUAGGAAACCGGCUCCUGUCACACCAAAACAGGGCUCUCUUUACCAUGAAAUGGUUAUUGAGUCAUCUGAUGACCUCAGCACUGUAUCGGACAUUCUGGCUCGGAGGAUGCAGGAGCUGGAGCUCCGCAGCCAGCUGGGCACCUCUCCCAACUGGAUGUCCGUGUUUGAGGAGAACAACACCAAGAGCGCUGGUCGCCCUCGUCACUGUACUUCUCACCUGUCCGGCCACAGCCCCUGCACCCCUCACCGCUUGCCUCGAAGCCCCGUGAGCCCCCACCGCUGCCCACAGCUGGGACUGCUGUCCUCAGACGCGAGUCUGGCCUCAGACAGUGACAGCCACUGCAGCACCAGCCCCUGCUCCCAUCACCAUGGCUGGGUCGAGUCUUCUUCAAACUUCUCGCUUGCGUCGUCGUCUCCGUCCCGCCUGAGGCCACGCACUCUUUCGCUAGAUGCUAAGCUCAGCACCCUCAAAGGGAGGGGUUAUGGAGGAGGAGGGACCUACCAGUGCCCCUCUCAGCCUCCCCCCUUGUCGCUGCUCGCUCCUCUCCCCAUGUCCUCUCUGUCACCUCUGUCGCAGCGUAGCACGCAAACCACACUGUCCUGCUCUAGCUCCACUUCCAGCAACAGUUCCAGCAACAGUGAGGGCAGCCACAGCCCCGAGUCCUCUGAGGGAGUUCCCUUCUCAAGGCCCUCCCCGGCACGACGCAGCCUCAGGAACCUCAGGGCCAGACUUGAUCCCCGCAACUGGCUCCAAAGUCAGUGUGAACCAAACUCAAGGCAAACUGCGGAAGAGGAUGCCUCUAGCCUGCCCCCUGGUGGAGGAUGGAUCAUGGGAGAAUCUGAAUUGUCUUCUAACACAAAAGACGUGACAAUCACUGCAGGAGUGUAAGUUGCUUGGUUGCCACAGUUUUGAAGACGGUCCACAACUAAAUGGGAGGUACUAUGCUUGCUUUCAGAAAUGAUUUUCAUGCUGCUUGGGAGAAAGUGAAGCUAACACGUAAUGACUUGCUCUGAAACACGCCACACUAGGCCUACUCUCUGUCUUUGAAAUGUAAUUUUGAAACUGGAAAAGGUUCAGCGUCGUCCUCUGCGUCUGCCAUCCUGGCCACUCAAACAUUGUUCCAAGGUCAUCUCUGUGGGUGCACUAGUCACGUUUUUGGCUGGACGCUUCCCAUUGUUAUGUUCAUGAAAGAUUUGUGGUGUUUAUGCUAUGGAAGCCAGUGAGCAUGAAUCAAGACGAGCCUCGAGCAUAAUCAGUCGAGAGCUGUCAAAUGUUAGAAACUGAUGGAUCAAGAGUUAAGGGUUGAUGUUAGUAGCCUGUACCGUGAUACCUGCUUCGGUGUACUUAACCCAAUUAUACAUUCAGAACGUGAUCCACGUGCGACUCCUAAAACGACUAUGCACCGUUUUGUUUCAAUGCAUGAACUGUCCUGUGGUUAGACUACCCGAGACUGUGUCGACAAUGAAUCUGGUGAAGGCUUAGCCCAAUGCAAGUGCUCAUACUUACUGUACUUACUGGUUAUGACUGUGAUCUCUUCAGGGUAAAACUCUCUCUUACUUUCACACAUCUAUGUGCACAUUAUUGACAGGCCGCCAUCAGAAGCAGGUAAUACUGUACUGGUCCCUUAAGUAUAUAAAAUAAAUCUUUAAUAAACCUUUAGGAACCAAAGUAUUAUUGAAAACCCAAGCCAUAAAUAAACUUAGAGUAUGUCACUGCAGUGUCAUAGGAUUUCAUUGUAUGAUGACUCCAAUAAAAAUGUGAAACAUCCACUAAUCCAUUGACAUAGACAUUAUUCUAUGGUGGCUGAAUUUCAAAAUUCUUCCUAUGAAACUAAAUUUACGUGAAACUCAAGUCAGUUGUUAGGUUUAUCAUAGCAAGAGCAGAAAUUAAAUUAUUUACACUGACAUCUAUUAUUUUAUUAUUUCAAUUGUUGCCAUUAGACAACUCACAUUUACUUCUUAUUACAAGGAAAACAUAUAUAAAUUCUCAUCCCUCAUCAGUGCAGUGAAGCCUCUUUUAUUUUCCUGUCUAUUGUUUAUUGCAUUAACAUUUAGGGCUCUUGGGAUUUUAUUCAAAACUGUCAUAUGCGGCAUUUGUUACUGUAAAUUAAUUUUUCUAAGUUAACAAGCGAACCUCCUCUCUUUGUCUUUUGUUACAUUCGUUGAUUUUGUUACUAAAUGCAGCUAUACUGAUACCUGAUCAUCACAAGGUUAACGGAUGAUGUUGCAGAUCUUCAACUGUUACAAAUAGAUAACACUGAAUGUUAUAUAACCUUGCAAGAGUUUCCCCCCCUGAUGUUAGCAGGCUAUUAUGUUCUGCAUGUACGGCGUCCUCGAAGGGGAACAUAAAAUGAGAAAUGUGGAAACCCUCGUGUAUUAAUAAUAUAACAUUAAUUAUAAUAAAUGUUUUAUCAAUACA